AAAAAAAAGGAAAUCAUUAGAGUUGAAGACCUUCUCCAUGUGACACAUCUGGAACAAAUAGCACAAGUCUGGUAUUUCUCCACAAAUUACAAGUGGCUGAUCAGCAGAAAUCAAAAGUUGGGUUGUAGUGUGUGUAGUCAAGUUUGUGCUCGCAUGGACAUGCAGCAAGGGCAGAGAGUGUCGCAGCAGUGGAGUGGGUGCUUAAUCUCGUCUUUUGGAAGGGACAAGGCUGCACAACAAAACUCACUACGAAAGAAAAUAAAAGAGCACAGAGACUCAAUUUAUCACAAGAAAGCAGUUGAAAUAAAAGAGAAGGCAACACAAAAUACAAUGCAAAAACACAUUGAAGAUAUGAGAAAGGCUGACUACGCUUCAACUUGCAAUGUGUUUAGAACAGCUUAUAAGAUUGGCAAGCAUGGGCGUCCCUUUACAGACAUGCCAAUAGAUGUCCAGUUGCAAGUCUUAAAUGGUGUCAAGAUGGGCAGAGUUUUGCACUCUAAUAACUCAUGUGCAAAUAUACUGGAUCACAUUGCAGCUGAAAUGAAAAAGAAGGUAGUCAAUGACAUAGUGAUGAAUGAAAGAAAAUUGUGUGUGCUCAUUGAUGAAUCCACUACAAUAAGUGGAAAGUCUGUGCUUGUCGUGUGCCUGCAGUCAGCUAUUUCCAGUGAAAAUCCAGACACAAUAUUUUUUGAACUGAUUGAGCUGCAGGGGACCACAGCAAAGGACAUCACUGAAGCACUGUUAGGAUGUCUUCAUAAUAAUGGCUUUGACCCUCACUACCUACAGGAACAUUUGUUGGCAUUUGCUUGUGAUGGAGCCUCAGUGAUGCUUGGGAGGAAAGCAGGAGUUGCUGCGCAGCUUUGUUCCAAAUUCCCUUACCUGUUUGUCUGGCAUUGUUCCAAUCACAGACUGGAACUGGCAGUUUGUGAUGUUUUGAAGGAGGUAGGAGGAAUCAACCACUUUAAAAUAUUCUUAGAUCAGCUUUACUCCCUCUACCAUGCAUCACCAAAAAACCAAAGGGAGUUAACCGAGAGUGCUCACAAUGUUGGACAACGUCUCCUUGUGAUAGGCCGUGUUUUAUCAGUGCGUUGGGUUGCUUCAAGUGAGAGAACAGUGAAAGCAGUAUGGGAGAACUACCAAGCUCUGCAGGUACACUUUACAAGUGCUGCUGCUGAUACCAGCAGUGACUCAAGAGAGAGCAAAAUACAAAUUAGUUUAUAAUUUAUUUUAUGUACAUUUUGUUAAAAAAAAAUUUCAAUACCUUUUUGCACAUUUUAUUUAUGUUCAGUAGCUCUUUCUAGCUCAAGCAAAUCCACAAACUAAUAAAAUGAUUUAUUAUUUUGUAUAAGGUUGUCUGUUGACUGUUGUAUAUAAAACCCAUUCAAUAUAGUUGUUGUUACCUCAGGGGAGGCGGAAAAAAAAUAGAGUACCGGCACCUCUUUUGGGCCACUUAAAGCACUGCUGGCGUCUGAGUCAGACUGGAGCUCUCUGCCCUUUACCAAUCCAGCCACGGGCCCAUCCAUCUGGCCCAUCAAGACU